UGGAGAACUGACGUGGCUCUUUUCUCUUUUUACUCUGCAGUAGCAGCAAGCAAGCAACAACUCAACGAAAUGGUAAGGCUUUUGGAUCUAAUGCACAGUUUUCUGAGAAUAACUUGAUUAUAGCUACGUAAUGCCAUUUGUCUAAAUUAAAACCUGACAGUUAAUUUAUUAAAAUGGUUGAAGCUAGACAUUUCCGUGUUGCAAUGGAUAGCUUGUUAGCCAACGUUAGCUUGUCAUUCGACUUUAUGUUUGUAGCUAUCAGUUAAUUUAAUCGAAUAACAGUAAAUGUAUGUUUUGAUGGGAAUACAGAAACUAACUAUGUAAAAUAACUGAGCAAUAAACAUCAAGCGUAGGUAGCUAGCAAGCAAACACCCAAUACAGCCUUCCACAGACGAUGCCAAUCAAGACGAGAUCUUCAUCAACUGUCAUGAUAGUCAGUCAAUAAGCUGGUUGAUGUGUAACUAGUUCAUUAUAUUUAUGUAGCUGGUAACUUUAAUCCCAAACACAGUUUUAUUUACAGUUGGCAACACACCUGUCUAUUUAGAAAUGUGGGAUAUUGUCCUGAUGUCCUAAAGCAGUAACACACACCGAGUGGAUCUCUACAUCGUCUCCGUUCUUCAUCCCUCAGGAGCUGGAGGCGAUGACCAGAUACACCAGUCCGGUGAACCCGGCAGUCUUCCCCCACCUCACGGUGGUCCUACUGGCUAUCGGGAUGUUCUUCACUGCGUGGUUCUUUGUGUAUCCUUCCAUGGUCAUCUAUCUUCAUAGUGACCGUUUAGUUUGACCGUGAAUCAUGGUCAUCUAUCUUUUUUAUAGACCUCUUUGUGUUUGCGAACAGAACAAGUGUGAGUUCUCAGAGAACAUGUUUUUACAUGUUGCCUAUGAGUGCAUUUCACACUACUUUUGGAUUAUUAUUGGAUUUUAAAGCCUCGUAUGAAUGUCCUGCUUAAUAUGUUUGUGUGAUCCUCGCAAAUCAACUGCAUUACACUUAAACUAGUAAAAAAACGGGCUCUUUGGCUAGCUUUUGCUACAGCCUAUAUCAAUGAGCGUUAGCAUUCCAGCUAACACAUGCUGCAUCCUAAAAUAGGUAUUUUGCAAAGAUCACAACCAAAUAUAAUCUUAGCCACUGUUCAAGCAACAAUCAAAACAUAAUUGCAAGUGUAUGAGAACCCCAAAAAGUAAUUUUGUUUAGAAGUAACUUAAAUCUAGGCUGUUGAAUUGGCGCAGAUGGCAAUGGCUCUUACUGCCACCAAGAGUCGCGUCAGUGUGUGGUGCGCUGGAAAAGGGUCUACAGUGAUGUUUAUUUUGACCGUGAAUCAGUGUUCUAGAAAACCCUGUCCAGGGGAGUGGGGACUGAGUAUGCAGGCUUCUGUUCCAGCCCAGUACUAAUGCACCAAUGUCGACUAAUAUGCCCAGUGGGUCGUUAGGAUUUAGGAGUGUAGAACAUUGAUAAAACCACAUUGAGUUAUAGUAUAGUGUACUGUGCAUUUGGAAAGUAUUCAGACCAGUUCACUUUUUGCGUAUUUUGUUAAAUUACAGCCUUAUUCUAAAAUGGAUUACAUUAUCCCCCUCCCCCUUAUCAAUCCACACACAAUACCCCAUAAUGACAAAGCGAAAACAGGUUUUUAGACAUUUUUGCAAAUGUAUUACAAAUAAGAAACAGAUAUACCUUAUUUACAUAAGUAUUCAGACCCUUCUGCUAUGAGACUCGAAAUUGAGCUCAGGUGCAUCCUGUUUCCAUUGAUCAUCCUUGAGAUGUUUCUACAACUUGGAGUCCACCUGUGGUAAACUCAAUUGAUUGGACAUGAUUUGGAAAGGCCCCACAGUUGACAGUGCAUGUCAGAGCAAAAACCAAGCCAUGACAUCGAAAUAAUUGUCCGUAGCGCUCCGAGACAGUAUUGUCGAGGCACAGAUCCGGGGAAGGGUACCAAAAAAUGUGUUUGGAACCAUCAAGACUCUUCCUAAAGCUGGUCACCAGGCCAAACUAAGCAAUCAGGGGAGAAGAGCCUUGGUCAGGGAUGUGACCAAGAACCCGAUGGUCACUGACAGAGCUCCAUAGUUCCUCUGUGGAGAUGGGAGAACCUUCCAGAAGGACAACCAUCUCUGCAGCACUCCACCAAUCAGGCCUUUAUGGUAGUGGCCAGACGGUAGCCACUCCUCGGUAAAAGGCACAUGACAGCCCUCUUGGAGUUUGCCAAAAGACACCUAAAGGACUCUCAGACCAUGAGAAACAAGAUUGAACUCUUUGGCCUGAACGCCAAGCGUCACGUCUGGAGGAAACCUGGCACCAUCCCUAUGGUGAAGCAUGGUGGUGGCAGCAUCAUGCUGUGGGAAUGUGUUUCAGCGGCAGGGACUUGUAGACUAGUCAGGAUCGAGGGGAAAGAUGAACGGAGCAAAGUACAGAGAGAUCCUUGAUGAAAACCUGCUCCAGAGGUGCUCAGGACCUCGGACUGGGGUGAAGGUUCACCUUCCAACAGGACAACGACCCUAAGCACACAGCCAAGACAACGCAGGAGUGGCUUCGGGACAAGUCUCUGAAUGUCCUUGAGUGGCCCAGCCAGAACCCGAUCGAACAUCUCUGGAGAGACCUGAAAAUAGCUGUGCAGCGACGCUCCCUAUCCAACCUGACAGAGCUUGAGAGGAUCUGCCAAGAAGGGGAAAAAAAUCCCCAAAUACAGGUGUGCCAAGCUUGUAGCGUCAUACGAGGCUGUAAUCGCUGCCACAGGUGCUUCAACAAAGUACUGAGUAAAGGGUUGGAAUACGUUUGUAAAUGUGAUAUUUCAGUUUUUCAAUACAUUUACAAAAAUUUCUGAAAACCUGUUUUUGCUUUGUCAUUAUGGGGAUUGGUAGAUUGAGGACUUUUUUGUUGUUUUAAUCCAUUUUUCGAAUAAGGCUGUAACGUAACAAAGUGGGAAAAGUCAAGUGGUCUGAAUACUUUCCGAAUACACAGCAUGGAUUGACUGAGAUUUGACAUCCUAAACAAGACUGAAGUAGACUAAAUGUAUUUAACAAGAGAUGGGUUCAUGCAGAAUUCGCUUUUUUUUUUUUUUUGUCCAAAAGAAAUGACAUUCCAGACAUAACAUGACCUGUUGUUUAGCACCAUAACUCUCUCCCAGCUACGAGGUGACGUCCACUAAAUACACCAGGGACGUGUACAAAGAGCUGCUGAUCUCCCUGGUGGCGUCUCUCUUCAUGGGCUUUGGAGUUCUGUUUCUGUUACUGUGGGUCGGCAUCUAUGUCUGACAGGUGAGGAAGUGAUGGUGGAGAUUUGAUACGGUGUGCCGUCUUGCCGUCUUACUCCUGUUUUAAUGGAGCGAAAGGUAGCCAAGCGGUUAGAACGUUGGGACAGUAACCGGAAGGCUGGUUCGAAUCCCCGAGACGUCAAGGUGGGAAAAAAAUCUGCCGUUAACCCCCAACAACUACUGCUCCCCGGGUGCUGAUGACGUGGAUUAAGCCCCCCCCCCCCCCUAGUUUGUGAUUGCUGCAAAAUUAAUGGCCUCUUAAAGUUUUCUGAAUCUGACAAUGACGAUAGGAGUUGGCAAGAUGGUCCAUGCCGAUCUGGGUCCAGGCUAUGGUCCAUGCCGAUCUGGGUCCAGGCUAUGGUCCAUGCCGAUCUGGGUCCAGGCUAUGGUCCAUGCCGAUCUGGGUCCAGGCUAUGGUCCAUGCCGAUCUGGGUCCAGGCUAUGGUCCAUGCCGAUCUGGGUCCAGGCUAUGGUCCAUGCCGAUCUGGGUCCAGGCUAUGGUCCAUGCCGAUCUGGGUCCAGGCUAUGGUCCAUGCCGAUCUGGGUCCAGGCUAAUGGAAUGGACACUUGCAACAACAAUACAAAUUACAACCAUUUAAAACACGAGACUCGGCGGAUAUGACGUUAUCAUAAACGGUGGCACAAGCAAAGAGAGAGUGUGACGCAAGAGGCUGCAAGAAGCACACAGGUAGGCAACUGGGAUUGCGGCUCUCGGGUGAUGCGUUACCUGCGUGACAACAAACGUCAACAAGCUGUGCCUCUUGCUUUGUACUCUCUUUGUUCCUGUCAUAAAAUCACCCUGAUGGUUAAUGUCAUUUUGCUAAAUCUACCUUUUUUAAGUUAUAUCUGUUAACACACUCAUUCAUCAUAGUGUUUCAUGACUUUUCUUCCUGUGUGUGUGUGUGUGUCUUGUUACAGAUCGUUAAAUUGCCAGAUAUUGAUACAGAAGAACAUUCCAGUGGAACAGGAGAAGGACAUGAAGUGGGUUAUGGAUUGGACUGCACUGACCAGAGGG